UUGGUCCCUUCACUGGAUUGGACAGAAGGAAACCCAUAUGAAAAAGAAGGAGCUGGGAUACCGAUGGAAAGAAUGGUGGUAGAUAAUGUUGAUAGCAGUGCUGUCAUACCUCCUGAGUAUGCUGAUCCUCAAAUUCUUACUCCGAUGCUGGGACAAAGAUUUAAGACUGAGAGGGAUGCCUAUAAUUUUUAUAAUGUUUAUGCUGUUAGUAAAGGAUUUGGGAUACGACUGGACAAAGAUCGCAUGAAUACUAAAAAGCAGAGAACAAUGCGGCAAAUAUGUUGUUCUCACCAGGGGAGGAACCCAAAAACCAAGAAGCCUUCCGUUCGAAUUGGGUGCCCAGCAAUGAUGAAGAUAAAUAUGUCUGGAGCUGGUAGUGGCUGGUCAGUAACAAAGGUUGUUUCUGCGCACAACCAUCCUAUGAAAAAAAGUGUAGGAGUUACUAAGAAUUAUCAGUCGCACAAUCAAAUAGAUGAGGGGACUCGUGGUAUUAUUGAAGAGAUGGUAGACAGUAGUAUGAGUCUUACAAAUAUGUAUGGUAUGUUGUCUGGGAUGCAUGGCGGACCUUCCAUGGUUCCAUUCACGAGAAAAGCUAUGGAUAGGGUUGCUUAUGCAAUUAGGCGGGAUGAGAGCAGCGAUGACAUGCAAAAAACACUUGAUGUCUUGAAGGAUUUGCAAAAAAGGAGCAAGAAUUUCUUUUAUAGUAUACAAGUUGACGAGGCUUGCCGUGUGAAGAACAUAUUUUGGUCUCAUGCUGUGUCCAGAUUGAACUUUGAGCAUUUUGGUGAUGUCAUCACAUUUGAUACUACCUACAAAACAAACAAGUAUAAUAUGCCCUUUGCACCAUUUGUUGGUGUAAACAAUCACUUUCAGAGCACCUUCUUUGGUUGUGCCCUGCUUAGAGAAGAGACUGAAGAAUCAUUUACAUGGUUAUUCAAUACAUUCAAAGAGUGCAUGAAUGGGAAGGUUCCUAUUGGAAUAUUAACAGACAAUUGUCCUUCCAUGGCAGCUGCCAUUAGAACAGUAUUUCCCAAUACAAUCCAUCGUGUGUGCAAGUGGCAUGUACUGAAGAAAGCAAAGGAAUUUAUGGGGAACAUAUACUCCAAGCGUCAUACAUUCAAGAAAGCAUUUCAUAAGGUUCUUACGCAGACACUAACAGAGGAGGAGUUUGUUGCGGCUUGGCACAAACUGAUUAGAGAUUAUAAACUGGAAAAAAGUGUUUACUUGCGUCACAUAUGGGACAUAAGGCGUAAAUGGGCAUUUGUAUAUUUUUCCCAUAGGUUCUUUGCUGGGAUGACUACUACACAGAGAAGUGAGUCUGCAAACCAUGUGUUUAAGAUGUUUGUGUCACCCUCUAGCUCUAUGAAUGGCUUUGUUAAGAGGUACGACCGGUUUUUCAAUGAGAAGCUGCAAAAAGAGGACUCGGAGGAAUUCCAAACCAGUAAUGACAAGGUUGAAAUUAAAACAAGGUCACCGAUAGAGAUUCACGCAUCCCAAGUAUAUACUAGGGCUGUUUUCCAAUUGUUCUCUGAGGAGUUAAUCGAUAGUCUAUCUUACAUGGUGAAACCUGGGGAGGACGAAAGCACCGUGCAAGUUGUACGGAUGAACUCGCAAGAAUCAUUCCUUAGGAAGGAAUAUCAGGUGUCUUGUGAUUUGGAAAGAGAGGAAUUUUCAUGCGUUUGCAAGAUGUUUGAGCAUAAGGGGAUUCUGUGCAGCCACAUCUUAAGGGUACUUGUUCAGUAUGGUUUGUCAAGAAUUCCAGAGAGGUAUAUACUGAAAAGAUGGACGAAGGAUGCUCGGGAUACUAUACCACCUCAUCUACAUGGGUACAAAGAUGAUGUCGAUGCUUCACAAUCGAGGAGUUACAGACAUGUAAUGCUGAAUAGGAAGACUGUGGAGGUGGCUAAGAUUGCUAACAAAGAUGUGCAGACAUUUAAGAUGGCAAUGACAGUCAUGAAUAAGCUUUUGGAGGACAUGAAAAAUCAGUUAUCUUUGGAUGAUGGUGACAAUAGUAGAGAAGCUCCGAAGCGAGCAGCUAGGCAUAAAUCAAGGUCUACUGUAUUGACUGAAGAUGGAAACGAAGAUGUUGGUGGAGGUGAUGAGGACAGUGAGUAUGACGUGCCAAGUGAGGACGAGGGUGGAAAUUUGACUGCUGAUAUACUUCCACCGUUGAAAAAGAGAAGCAGAGGAAGACCUAAGGUGAAUAGGUAUAAAUCGGGUGGUGAGGUUGCCAGCCUGAAAAGAAGAAAAGAAGUAGGGAUUGAGAAGAAGAACACAACCAAUGAGUGUGAGUCCGUUGAAGAAGAAAACCAAGUCAUUGAUCAUGAGGAUGAAGUGCCCUUUCCUCGUAGGUUUUGCCACACAUGCCACGAAGCUGGUCAUAAUUCGCGGACUUGUGGCCGGACAUCUACGUACAAGAGAAAACUUUAG